CGGGAACGAGCGACCUCGGGCGCCAUUUUGUUGGGAAACAAAUAGGCAGAAGUGCGGAGUAGAGGAGGAAGAAAAUCGGGAGAGGGACCGCGAGUCGACUAGGAUAGCAGCGCAGUCGGGAGACGACUGCUGCGAUUAUUAAUUGGACGAAGAACCAGGCGGUCGGACGCUGUGACAGCAGUGGAAGGUACCAUGUUCCUUGACAAGAAAGGUGACUGAAGAAUCUGUAAGCAUCUCAUAAUAGGCUAACUUUAAAUAAAUUAACCUGUCUCUGAGGUGACUAAAGGGGAAUAAUGGUGAUUUUGCGCCGGGCCCGGCCGCCUGCUUCCGCCCCGACCAGCAAUGAAUCUUGACUCGCUCUCGCUGGCCUUGUCUCAAAUCAGCUACCUUGUGGACAAUUUGACGAAGAAAAACUACAGAGCCAGCCAGCUGGAAAUACAACAUAUUGUGAAUCGACACGGUCCUGAGGCAGACAGGCACUUGUUACGCUGUCUAUUCUCACAUGUGGAUUUCAGUGGAGAUGGUAAAAGCAGUGGCAAGGAUUUUCAUCAGACACAGUUUUUAAUUCAGGAGUGUGCAUCUCUGAUCACCAAGCCGAAUUUCAUCUCUACACUGUCAUAUGCCAUUGACAAUCCUUUGCACUACCAAAAGAGUCUGAAGCCUUCUCCCCAUCUUUUUGCCCAGCUAAGUAAAGUUCUGAAGCUUAGCAAGGUUCAAGAGGUUAUCUUUGGCCUUGCCCUUCUUAACUCUUCUAGCUGUGAACUACGGGGAUUUGCUGCCCAGUUUGUGAAACAAAAACUUCCGGACCUACUGCGUUCUUACGUUGACGUGGACGUUAGUGGCAGUCAAGAAGGUGGAUUCCAGGACAUUGCCAUAGAGGUCCUGCACCUCCUCCUCUCCAACCUCCUUUUUGGCCAGAAAGGAGCUUUUGGGGUGGGACAGGAGCAGAUUGUAGCAUUUCUCAAGACUCUACGCAGAGAUUUCCCACAGGAACGCUGCCCGGUGGUGCUUGCACCACUGCUUUAUCCUGAAAAACGGGACAUUCUAAUGGACCGAAUCUUAGCUGAUUCUGGAGGGAUCACCAAAACCAUGAUGGAUAGUUCUCUGGCUGACUUUAUGCAGGAAGUGGGCUACAGCUUCUGUGCCAGUGUGGAAGAAUGUCGCAAUGUAAUUGUUCAGUUUGGUGUCCGAGAGGUUACAGCUGUACAAGUUGCAAGAGUGCUUGGGAUGAUGGCUCGAACACACUCUGGUCUAACUGAUGGCAUUCCUUUACAGUCUAUCACUUCCCCUGGCAGUGGAAUUUGGAGUGAUGGGAAGGAUAAAAAUGAUGCUGUUCAGCCACAUACCUGGAAUGUUGAAGUUUUGAUAGAUGUUGUCAAAGAGCUGAAUCCCACUCUAAACUUCAAAGAGGUGACAUAUGAACUUGAUAACCCAAGUUUUCAGAUCCGUGACAGUAAAGGUCUUCAAACUGUCGUAUAUGGCAUCCAAAGAGGUCUUGGUAUAGAGGCGUUUCCAGUUGAUCUCGUCUAUAGACCUUGGAAAAAUGCAGAGGGACAGCUUUCCUUUAUUCAGCACUCAUUAGUGAACCCUGAUGUUUUUUGCUUUGCUGACUACGCCUGCCAUGCUGUUGCUACCGAUAUUUUAAAGGCUCCACCAGAAGAUGAUAAUCGUGAAAUUGCUACAUGGAAGAGUUUGGAUUUGAUUGAGUCUCUGCUUCGACUGGCCGAGUUGGGACAGUAUGAGCAAGUAAAACAGCUCUUUGCCUACCCAAUAAAGCACUGCCCAGAUAUGUUAGUGUUGGCCUUGCUACAAAUUAAUACCACGUGGCAUACCUUGCGCCAUGAACUAAUCUCUACACUUAUGCCAAUAUUCCUUGGAAACCACCCCAACUCUGCCAUAAUUUUGCACUAUGCUUGGCAUGGACAGGGACAGUCACCAUCAAUACGGCAGCUUAUCAUGCAUGCAAUGGCAGAGUGGUACAUGCGUGGUGAGCAGUACGAUCAAGCAAGGCUCUCUCGUAUUCUUGAUGUGGCCCAGGACUUAAAGGCGUUGUCAAUGCUGUUAAAUGGCACUCCAUUUGCCUUUGUUAUUGAUCUUGCUGCACUUGCCUCUCGCCGGGAGUACCUCAAACUUGACAAGUGGCUCACAGAUAAAAUACGAGAGCAUGGGGAACCAUUCAUCCAGGCUUGUAUGACCUUUUUAAAGAGACGGUGUCCUUCUAUACUGGGUGGUCUUGCACCAGAGAAAGAUCAGCCUAAAAGUGCCCAGCUGCCACCUGAGACUUUGGCAACAAUGUUGGCAUGUUUACAAGCCUGUGCUGGAAGCGUUUCUCAGGAACUUUCGGAAACCAUACUUACCAUGGUUGCAAACUGCAGUAAUGUUGUAAACAAAGCAAGACAGCCUCCUCCUGGGGUUAUGCCAAAAGGCCGUCCUCCAAGCACUAGCAGCCUGGAUGCAAUCUCACCUGUUCAGAUUGAUCCUAUUGCAGCCAUGGCCUCUCUCAGCAUUGGUGGAUCUGCUGCACCUCACACUCAAAGUAUGCCAGUUUUCCCUCCAAAUUUGGGGUCUGCUUUUAGUACCCCACAGUCUCCAGCAAAGGCAUUCCCACCUCUUACUGCUCCAAACCAAUCCACUGCUUUCAGUGGCCUUGGUGGGUUAACUUCACAACUUCCAGGUGGACUUGGAACAGGUAGCUUGACUGGUAUGGGAACAGGUGGACUUAGUCUUCCUACGGUGAAUAGUGAUCCCUUUGGGCAAAGGAAACUGAGUACAUCUGGACUUAACCAGCCCACUUUUCAGCAAACGGACUUGUCUCAGGUGUGGCCAGAGGCAAACCAGCACUUUAGUAAAGAAAUAGAUGAUGAAGCAAACAGCUACUUCCAGCGCAUCUACAAUCAACCUCCACACCCAACUAUGUCUGUGGAUGAGGUGUUGGAAAUGCUGCAGAGGUUCAAAGACUCUAACAUAAAACGGGAACGUGAAGUUUUCAACUGUAUGCUGAGGAAUUUGUUUGAAGAAUAUCGUUUUUUUCCUCAGUACCCAGACAAAGAACUGCACAUAACUGCUUGCCUUUUUGGUGGCAUAAUUGAAAAAGGGCUGGUUACCUACAUGGCUCUUGGCUUGGCCCUACGCUAUGUACUUGAAGCACUGCGUAAACCUUAUCAAUCCAAAAUGUACUUCUUUGGCAUAGCUGCACUAGAUCGCUUUAAAAAUAGAUUGAAGGAUUAUCCUCAGUAUUGUCAGCACUUGGCUUCUAUUAGUCACUUUAUGCAAUUCCCCCAUCACUUGCAGGAGUAUAUAGAAUACGGACAACAAUCAAGAGAUCCCCCGGUAAAGAUGCAGGGCUCUAUUACAACUCCAGGAAGCAUUGCACUCUCUCAAGCACAGACUCCUGCCAAACCAGCUAGCAGCAGUGCUGUCACAACCCCUACUACUACCACCCCAGCGAAAACCAUCACAAUAACUAGGCCUACUGGUGUUAGCUUCAAGAAGGAUGUACCACCUUCCAUCAACACAACCAACAUAGACACACUCCUGGUUGCUACAGAUCUUGCGGGACAGAUUGUUGAACCACCAGAGAACGUUCAAGAGAAGAUUGCUUUCAUCUUUAACAAUUUGUCCCAGUCCAAUAUGACUCAGAAGGUAGAGGAGCUGAAAGAGACUGUAAAGGAUGACUACAUGCCUUGGGUAUCGCAGUAUUUAGUAAUGAAAAGGGUCAGCAUCGAGCUCAAUUUCCACAGCCUGUAUUCCAACUUUCUGGACGCGCUUAAGCAUUUGGAAUUCAACAAAAUGGUUCUAGCUGAGACCUACAGAAAUAUCAAGGUGCUUUUGACAUCCGAUAAAGCUGCUGCAAAUUUUUCUGACCGCUCCUUGCUGAAGAACUUGGGACAUUGGUUAGGCAUGAUUACACUGGCAAAGAACAAGCCAAUUCUGCACACGGACUUGGAUUUAAAGUCGUUGCUGCUAGAAGCUUAUGUGAAGGGACAGCAGGAACUUCUCUAUGUUGUGCCUUUUGUUGCCAAAGUCUUGGAGUCUAGUGUUAGAAGUGUGGUUUUCCGGCCCCCAAAUCCCUGGACAAUGGCCAUAAUGAAUGUGUUAGCUGAGCUUCAUCAAGAACAUGAUUUAAAGCUAAAUCUGAAGUUUGAAAUUGAAGUCUUAUGUAAAAAUCUGGUGUUGGACAUCAAUGACUUAAAGCCUGGCACCCUAUUGAAAGACAAAGAUCGACUGAAAAGCUUGGACGAACAACUUUCUGCUCCCAAAAAGGAUGUAAAACAGCCGGAGGAACUACCUCCAAUGACUAGUGCCAGCGAAUACGCCAUUCGAACUGCUGGCAAACUUUGGGCGUCAGUGGAAAAGCAGGAAUCUGAUGCAGUUUUUACAGCAACAGCUACUGCUCCACCACCAAGCACAACAUGCACCACAACUGUUCCGCCACAGCCUCAGUAUAGCUACCAUGAUAUUCAUGUUUACUCACUGGCAGGCCUUGCUCCUCAUAUCACACUUAAUCCCACAAUUCCUCUGUUUCAAGCCCACCCACAACUGAAGCAGUGUGUGCGACAGGCAAUUGAGAGGGCAGUACAGGAACUUGUUCACCCUGUUGUCGAUCGGUCCAUCAAGAUUGCAAUGACAACCUGUGAGCAGAUUGUGCGCAAAGACUUUGCUUUAGAUUCUGAAGAGUCUCGUAUGAGAAUUGCCGCUCAUCAUAUGAUGCGUAACCUGACUGCUGGUAUGGCUAUGAUUACAUGCCGUGAGCCCCUGCUCAUGAGCAUUGCCACCAACCUGAAGAAUAGCUUUGCAACAGCUAUGCGGGCUGCUUCCCCUCAGCAGCGGGAAAUGAUGGAGCAGGCUGCUGCACAGCUUGCUCAGGACAACUGUGAAUUAGCCUGCUGUUUUAUACAGAAGACUGCAGUGGAAAAGGCUGGACCUGAAAUGGACAAGAGACUAGCAACUGAAUUUGAACUGCGAAAGCAUGCAAGGCAAGAAGGGAGACGUUACUGUGAUCCUGUAGUAUUAACUUACCAGGCAGAACGUAUGCCAGAGCAGAUACGUUUGAAGGUUGGGGGUGUGGACCCUAAACAGCUGGCUGUUUAUGAGGAAUUUGCACGUAAUGUUCCUGGAUUCCUUCCCACAAAUGACCUAACGCAGCCCACAGGAUUUCUGGCACAGCCUAUGAAGCAACAAGCCUGGGCCACAGAUGACGUUGCACAGAUCUAUGAUAAGUGUAUAACUGAGUUAGAGCAACAUUUACAUGCAAUACCACCAGCACUGUCCAUGAAUCCGCAGUCCCAAGCCCUGCGAAGUCUACUGGAAGCUGUAGCAGUUGCCCGGAAUUCAAGGGAUGCCAUAGCUGCACUAGGACUCCUGCAAAAGGCUGUUGAAGGGCUGCUAGAUGCCACAAGUGGGGCAGAUGCAGACCUUCUUCUCCGUUAUCGGGAAUGUCACCUUCUGGUAUUAAAGGCUCUGCAGGAUGGACGUGCCUAUGGUUCUCCUUGGUGCAACAAACAAAUAACCAGGUGUUUAAUAGAGUGCCGCGAUGAAUAUAAAUAUAAUGUGGAGGCUGUAGAGCUUCUGAUCCGAAAUCACCUGGUGAACAUGCAGCAAUAUGACCUCCAUUUGGCUCAGUCCAUGGAGAAUGGCUUGAAUUACAUGGCUGUGGCCUUUGCCAUGCAGUUAGUUAAGAUACUGCUUGUGGAUGAACGAAGUGUGAGCCAUGUGACCGAGGCUGAAUUUUUUCACACUAUUGAGACACUGAUGCGUAUUAAUGCACACUCAAGAGGCAAUGCCCCUGAAGGACUUCCUCAACUAAUGGAUGUUCUACGCUCCAAUUUUGAUGCAAUGAUGGAACGGGCACAUGGAGGUCCUAACUUCAUGAUGCAUUCUGGUAUCUCCCAAGCUUCAGAGUAUGAUGACCCACCUGGCCUGAGGGAGAAGGCAGAGUACCUAUUAAGAGAGUGGGUUAAUCUAUACCAUUCUGCUGCUGCUGGACGUGAUAGUACCAAAGCUUUCUCUGCAUUUGUUGGCCAAAUGCAUCAGCAAGGGAUUCUGAAGACUGAUGACCUGAUCACACGGUUCUUUCGCUUGUGCACGGAGAUGUGUGUGGAGAUAAGUUACCGGGCUCAAGCUGAGCAACAACACAACCCAGCUGCAAAUCCCACAAUGAUUCGAGCAAAAUGUUACCACAAUUUAGAUGCUUUUGUGCGUCUUAUAGCUCUGUUGGUCAAACAUUCUGGAGAAGCUACAAACACAGUGACAAAAAUAAAUCUUUUGAACAAGGUACUUGGUAUUGUUGUUGGAGUACUUCUACAGGACCAUGAAGUGCGACAGAGCGAGUUUCAGCAGUUACCUUACCAUCGCAUCUUUAUUAUGUUGUUGUUGGAAUUAAAUGCCCCUGAACAUGUGCUAGAAACAAUAAAUUUUCAGACACUGACAGCAUUUUGCAAUACUUUUCACAUUCUUAGACCAACUAAAGCACCAGGCUUUGUCUAUGCAUGGCUUGAACUGAUUUCCCAUCGAAUAUUUAUUGCCCGAAUGUUGGCUCACACACCCCAACAAAAGGGCUGGCCAAUGUAUGCACAGCUAUUAAUUGAUCUUUUCAAGUACUUGGCACCUUUUUUAAGGAAUGUGGAAUUGACAAAACCUAUGCAGAUUCUUUACAAGGGCACGCUUCGUGUGCUUCUAGUUUUGCUUCAUGACUUUCCAGAGUUCCUUUGUGAUUAUCAUUAUGGGUUUUGUGACGUGAUUCCACCAAACUGCAUACAGCUGAGGAAUCUGAUUCUGAGUGCCUUCCCACGUAAUAUGAGACUGCCAGAUCCCUUCACACCCAAUCUUAAGGUGGAUAUGUUAAGUGAGAUAAACAUUGCUCCCCGUAUUCUUACAAAUUUCACUGGAGUAAUGCCUCCACAGUUCAAAAAGGAUUUGGAUUCUUAUCUAAAGACUCGUUCACCUGUCACAUUUCUCUCAGAGCUCCGCAGCAACUUGCAGGUUUCAAAUGAGCCUGGUAAUCGCUACAAUAUCCAGUUGAUUAAUGCAUUAGUACUCUAUGUGGGGACUCAGGCUAUUGCUCAUAUUCACAACAAGGGUAGCACACCCUCCAUGAGCACCAUUACCCACUCUGCACAUAUGGACAUCUUCCAGAACCUGGCUGUGGACUUAGACACUGAAGGACGCUACCUCUUUUUGAAUGCUAUUGCCAAUCAACUACGGUAUCCCAACAGCCAUACUCACUACUUUAGCUGCACAAUGCUUUAUCUCUUUGCUGAAGCAAACACUGAGGCGAUACAGGAACAAAUUACAAGGGUUCUUCUUGAGCGACUGAUUGUGAAUAGACCACAUCCUUGGGGACUCCUCAUAACAUUCAUCGAGCUUAUUAAAAACCCUGCAUUCAAGUUCUGGAACCAUGAGUUUGUACAUUGUGCACCAGAAAUUGAAAAGUUGUUCCAGUCUGUUGCACAGUGCUGCAUGGGGCAAAAACAGGCCCAGCAAGUUAUGGAAGGCACAGGAGCCAGCUAAGAAGCCAGCGAUCAUUGACUUUUAUCUGGCUUUAUACUUAUAAAGCAAGCCCAAGGAACCAAUUUCUGCAAUGUGAAGAAUCCCUCUUGGAUUUUUUUUUUCUUGCCCAACAGCUGUAUCAGUUCAUGGCACAAAUUCCCGGCUGGGAGCAUAAUGUUUUAACAUAUCUUGUUUGUUUUGAAGGGAGAUGUCAUAAAUUUGGCAAAUUUUGGGGAUUUUUUUUUUCCAGCUCUACAUUUGGCCAAAACACAAAGAACAUGUGAAUAUAUAUUAUAUUUUUUUCUGGAUCUCUUGUAAAUACUGAUCUGAAAUGCAACUCCAAAAAAA